UUAGCAUUUCGCCGAUCGAACAAAAAUCGUAGCCGUCGCGCCUCGCGGUCCGACUUUCGUCUAAUCUGAUCGACCGAUUAGGGUUUCCAGCUCCCUCUGAUCGCUCGAUCUCCAACCAAUUUCCAAUCCCUCAUCCCCUAUUUGAUCUCGCAGUUCCGAUCCACUAUCAUCUUCAUCGCCGAAGCCCUGGGAAAAUGGGGAAGAACGAGUUCCUCACGCCCAAGGCCAUCGCCAACAGGAUCAAGGCCAAGGGCCUCCAGAAGCUCCGGUGGUACUGCCAGAUGUGCCAGAAGCAGUGCCGCGACGAGAACGGCUUCAAGUGCCACUGCAUGAGCGAGAGCCACCAGCGCCAGAUGCAGGUCUUCGGCCAGAACCCCCACCGCAUCGUCGACGGCUACUCCGAGGAGUUCGAGACCUCCUUCCUCGAGCACAUGAAGCGCAGCCACCGAUUCAGCCGCGUCGCCGCCACCGUGGUCUACAACGAGUAUAUCCACGACCGGCACCAUGUCCACAUGAACUCCACGCAGUGGGCGACUUUGACCGAGUUCGUCAAGUAUCUAGGCAGGACUGGGAAGUGUAAGGUGGAGGAGACGCCCAAGGGUUGGUUCAUUACGUACAUUGAUAGGGAUAGUGAGACUCUGUUUAAGGAGAGGCAAAAGAAUAAGAGGAUUAAGGCGGAUAUUGUGGAUGAGGAGAAGCAAGAGAAGGAGAUAUUGAAGCAGAUUGAGAGGGCCGGGCAGUCGAUGCCGGCUGCAGUGCCGUCCAAUGGUCUGGGGCCUGAAUCUGUGAGGGAGGUGAAUUUAGAGAAUGGGGCGAAGAUAGGAUUCUCGCUCGCGAAACAGGAGGUUAAAGAAAGAGGGGAGAGUUCCAAGUUGGUUUUCGAGGAAACGGAUAACGAUAGGGGCGAGAAAAGGAAGGGCGGUCCGGGUGGCGAGCCGAAGAAGAGCGCCAAGUCUGCGCUCGAGGAGUUGAUGAAAGAAGAGGAGAAGAAGAAGGAGCGGUUCAAUAGGAAGGACUAUUGGUUGUGUGAAGGGAUUGUUGUGAAGGUGAUGAGCAAGGCACUGGCUGAUAAAGGUUAUUAUAAGCAGAAAGGUGUUGUUCGAAAGGUGAUUGAUAAGUAUGUGGGCGAGAUCGAGAUGCUCGAGAACAAGCAUGUGUUGAGGGUGGACCAGGAGGAGUUGGAGACUGUGAUUCCGCAAAUCGGGGGCUUGGUGAGAAUUGUAAACGGCGCGUAUCGAGGCUCGAGUGCAAGGUUGCUGGGGAUAAACACGGAGAAAUUUUGCGCGAAAGUGCAGAUAGAGAAAGGUGUCUAUGAUGGGAGGGUGAUUCCUGCUGUUGAGUAUGAAGAUAUAUGUAAAGCAGCACAAUGAGAUGUUGAGGAUUUUGACUCACUGAACAUGGGUAAUGUGCAAGCGAAAGAACAUGAGGAGUUUGAACACAAGUAGUUUCUUCUGUUUACUCGAAAGAAGGAAUCGUGUCCUUUCUUCAUGUCCGAUUUUCGAAAAGAAGAGCCCAUUCGAUGCGGCGGCUCUAGGGUUAUGGACGAGUCAAGGGAGGUUGAAUCAUCUUAUGAAAAUCUCUAU